AGCCCAGUGAGCCGAGUCGAGUGAGCCGAGCGAGGGCAAUGGACCCAGAGGCAGCGAUGGAGGAGGAGUGGGAGGAGUCGGAGGAGUCGGAGGCGCCCAUCGAGUUCGUCAAGGAGCAGGCUCUCACCAGCCUCCUGCGGCCCAAGCCGCGCUUUGACGAGCUGCCGCCGCUCAAGGCCCGGCAGCUCCAGGCGAGCUACGGCAGAGGCUACUCCAUGCUGGUGCAGAUGGGCUACACCGGGGGCGGGCCCACCCCGAAGUGCGGGGUGCUGCGAGUAGCUCGCGCCGGGCUGCAGGAGGAUGAGGCGCAAGUGGUGGACGCCUCGGCCAAGCGCGGCCUCAAGCGGAGGUUAGAGAAGUUGUCGGCGGAGGAGCCCUUUGCGGAGAUCGAGGAGGAGGAAGAUGACUUGGACUUCGACCUCUGCGGUCUGGGCCGAGCGGUGGUCCGAGAACUCCGACAGACCAAGGAUCGGAAGAUGAGCAUCCCGAUGCUGUCGAAGAGACCACGGGUCAUGAGGGUCCUGGAGCUCUGGGAAGUGACGAACUUCGAGCGGUACCUGAAGCAGUUCGUGCGCGAGGACUUGCCCAGCUACUGCCUCCUGACACAGAGUUCAGGAAUCGCUCUGAAGAAGAUCACCAACAAGACGGCCCGCUUUGCCCGCGCCUGUGAGGAGGCCUGGACAGUGCAGCUCAGAGAGCCUAAGGAGCGCAGCCUGGCGAGUGAUAGCACUAGCCCUGGCUCGCCCACCGCGCGGGCCCGAGACAGCCUUUAUCCGGAGGACUGGGGCGUGCAGAUCGGCGAAGGCUGGCUUGCUCAGCAGCCGGCUGUGCAGCUGGCUCCCCUCUUCGGGCCCUCGCCCGACUAGGCGCAGCUGAGGGCGCCAGCACGUCAGCGUGG